GUGGACAGAUCAGUGACGGGCCUGGUGGCCCAGCAACAGUGUGUGGGCCCUCUACACACGCCUCUCGCUGACGUGGGGGUGGUGGCGCUGUCGCACUUUGACACGGUGGGAGCUGCGACGGCCAUCGGGGAACAGCCGGUGAAAGGUUUGCUCGACUCCGCGGCUGGAGCCAGGCUGUCUGUCGCUGAGGCGCUCACCAAUCUGAUGUUUGCACUCGUCUCAGACAUAAGGGACGUGAAGUGCAGUGGGAACUGGAUGUGGCCGGCCAAGCUGGAGGGAGAGGGCGUGACCCUUCUGGAGGCGUGCGUGGCCAUGUGCUCCUUCAUGGAGGAAGUGGGCGUGGCCGUGGACGGGGGCAAAGACUCGCUUAGCAUGGCUGCCCGUGUGGGGGACAAAGUGGUCAAGGCACCAGGAACGCUGGUCAUAUCUGCCUAUGUCGGAUGUCGGGACAUCACAAAGACGGUCACCCCUGAUCUCAAAUGUCCUGAUGGCAAAGGUGUGCUCCUGUACCUGCCCAUGGGUGGCGAGGACCACUGGCGCCUCGGGGGUAGUGCGUUUGCUCAGUGCCACGGACAGCUGGGGGAUGAGGUGCCGGAUGUUGAGGCUGGCAGGCUGGUCAAAGGAUUCAACGCUGUGCAGGCUCUCAUCGCUGACAGGUUGCUGACGGCGGGUCAUGACGUCAGUGAUGGCGGUCUGGUCACGUGUCUGCUGGAGAUGGCCUUUGCCGGGAACUGUGGCCUGGAGCUGGACAUUCCUGUCAAAGCUCCGGCCAUGAAGGUGUUGUUUGCUGAGGAGAUUGGUGUCGUCCUGGAGCUGCGGGAGUCUGACUUGACGACGGUCACCUCGAAACUCUCUGAGCGCCAAGUUCCCUUCCUGAACUUAGGCAAAUCUGUGGAGGGUGUGAAAGGAAAGGCUGCAAAUAUUGACAUUUCCCUGGACGGUGAGUCGGUUUUGCGCUCCCCCAUGGUGGAACUGCGAGACUUGUGGGAAGAGACGAGCUUCAGACUGGAGUGUCGCCAAACCAACCCGCACUGCGUCGAAUCGGAGCAGAAAUCCCUCAGCACGGGCACCACUCCUUGCUACGGGCUGGAGUUCAACCCCGACGAAAUCCCCGCUGUGCUCCAACCUGCAGCCGAUGCGCCCAAAGUUGCCAUCAUCCGCGAAGAGGGCAGCAACGGUGACAGGGAAAUGGCGGCUGCGUUUACGCUGGCCGGCUUUGAGACGUGGGACGUGAACAUGGAGGAUCUGGUGAGCAAGAAAAUCUCGCUGACCUCCUUCAGGGGCGUGGCGUUUGUUGGGGGCUUCAGUUAUGCCGAUGUCUGCGGCUCUGCUAAAGGUUGGGCUGCGACGGCCAAGUUCAACAGUGUCGUGAGCAGCGAGCUGCAGGCGUUCAAGUCUCGCCCGGACACGUUCAGCCUGGGUGUGUGUAACGGCUGUCAGCUGAUGGCGCUGCUGGGAUGGGUGGCCCCGGACCACACCGCCAAGGAAGAGUGCUCUCAGGGCGUGUUUCUGGACCACAACACCUCGGGCCGGUUCGAGUCUCGCUUCAGCACGAUGCGCAUCCAGAAGUCUCCGUCGAUCAUGCUGGACGGGAUGGAGGGAACGGUGUGGGGCAUGUGGGUGUCCCACGGAGAAGGUCGAAUGGUCUUUAGCAAACCAGAAAUCAGGACGGAAAUGGAGCAGAGCAACUUGGCGCCUGUCCAGUACGUGAAUGACGCUGGCGAUCCGACCGAGUGUUACCCGGCCAACCCCAACGGUUCGCCAGACGGCCUCGCGGCCCUGUGUUCCCCCGACGGGCGGCACCUGGCGGUCAUGCCUCACCCCGAGCGAUGCGUCUGGGCCUGGCAGUGCCCCUGGAUGCCCCCUGCCUACAGGGAAAAGCUCAAGUUCUCUCCCUGGAUGAGAAUGUUCCAGAAUGCUUACAAGUGGUGCACACAGAGUGCUUGAGAAUGUUCCAGAAUGUUUAUAUGUGGUGCACACAGAGUGCUUGAGAAUGUUUCAGAAUGUUUAUAUGUGGUGCAAACACACACACACAGCUUGAGAAUAUUCCAGUAUGCUUAUAUGGUCACUUUUAAGCACAAGGGGGCUAUCCCGAAAUGUGCUGUUUUGAGAAAAUCGAAAGUAAAGUUUUUG